UCGCGACCGGCGUCGGCGUACGCGGCGGGUGACUGCGCAUGCUCGAGAGGAGAGGCCUCCUUAAAUCGGCUGCUUGGGGCGUUGCGUUGUUGGUUAUGGCUUCCGGGAAAGUUAGUGCCCUCGUCCGAGAAGGGCCAGACUGAUCUGCGGCUCUGCGAAAGGACUGCCUUGACCGACCCACAUACCGUAAACACUGCAGGCAGUGUUUGAAAAUGGCACGGAACUAUGUGUCCCUGGCCGCCGGCGAUCAAGGGAACAGGGUGGCUUACCCCUCGUCCCACAGCGAUCUCAGAGCGUUGGCGAUGUUCUCUGGAGACUGUUCCCUCGCUGCCAGGGCUGGAGCGAUUCGCCCUGCACCUCGCCAGACAGCUCGACCUAGCAUUCGGACCCAGAGCCGUCGAAUGCCUCGCUGCGGCCUGAGCCCGACCCGCCUUACAAAGGGAAGGGAACCGGAGACCCGCAGCCGAAGCCGCCAAGCCAGAUUCUCACCUUACCCAGUCCGUGGGGUCAAACUCGAUCUCCGAAGAAGUGUGCUGCAACAGCGUCUGGCAUUUGGAAAUGUUACAGCUUGAACUUCAGUUUAAAAGCAAAUGCCUCCCCUCAAUUAGCUUGCAAACAAGUCCUCUUUUAAAAUCCUUUCUUGGUGUAACCGCAUUUUUAUUUUCAGAGAGAUGCGCUUUUGUUUAAUAGACAAUUGCGUAUGUAGGGGUUUGUUAAUGUUAUCACACGUUUUACUAUGGUUAACUCAGGAAGAAGACAGACAGGAUUUUCUUCUUUGGUAAUUACAAACCCGAGCAACAAUAUUCACUUUUUGUUUACACAAUUACUGUUUGGAGUCAGAAUUCUCCGAUUUCCACGACCUUACCCAGCUAGUUCCCCUACUUUGAGAAUAUAAUUCGAGCCUCCUUAACUGGCAUAUUCCCAGACUCUUUAACUUGUGUUGGUGAAAAAUAAUCGUUUUUAUUAGACUAGCUUAUCCUUUCAUCUCUUCCCCAGCACUUAACAUCUUCAAUAUUCUCCUUCUUGUUGUUGCUGUUGUUUAUUUUUGGUACCAGGAUUGAAUCCAGGGGGAGCUUAACCACCUAGCCACAUCUCUUGCCCUUUUUAUAUUUUAUUUUGAGACCCAGACCCUAACCCUACCCCUAAAUUGCUGAGACGGGCACCUAUCCUGCUUCAGUUUACUGGGCCGCUGGGAUUAUAGGCGCGCAACUCUGCAUACUGAAAGACAAAACGCAACACCUAAACCUUCAGUGUUAUUAAGGUGAUUUGCAUUUCCUUUGCCAAAGACUCCAAAUUAAUUUUCCUAUUUUUCAUUUUGUUUCCUUUCAAUCCAAGCUCCUUAAUCUGAAUCUGCUGUUGCAAAACUGACUGCUGGAACAUCAGUCCUACGGAUUCCUCUCAUUUGUUAUCUAUUCAUAUUUCUUAGAAAUUUCUUACCUUUACUCCUUCAAGCAUACAAAAAUAUUUGGGAAUCUUCUCUGUGAUAAACACUGUGGAUGAUCUUUAUGCAAUCCUGACAUCUAGAUCAAGGAGUAUAUUUUUAAUGGAGAGGCUAAUAAAUCAAUGCAUAAUCACUACAUUGGACUGUUCAUUAGGUUCACUAAUAAAAAUAAGUAUUGGUU